CGUUUUUUGCAAGAAUCUAAUUAUGGCUUUUAGACACAACAGAAGAAUCACAGCUCCCGAGUUGGAACAGUUCAUAGUCGCUACUGUUGAGUUGACUGGCCGUGUACUAGGAGCAGGUGCAUAUGGCAGUGUGGAGGAGGUAGAGAUACCUGGAGCAACGGUAGCUGCCAAAAAAUUGCACAAACAGCUUGUCAACCUGGGCUCUCCACAGCAGGUUGAGAAAUGGGUGACUGAUUUCGUGGAGGAGUGUAAGCUGAUGAGCCAGCUCCGUCACCCUCACAUAGUACAGUUCCUGGGAGUGUGCUAUCUCCCUGGAGCCCAACUCCCCAUCUUACUGAUGGAGAAGCUACAAACCAGCCUCGACAACCUUCUGGAAACCAGCCCCAACAUUCCUAUUGACCUCAAAGUGCACCUUCUGACGGGGACUGGCCGAGGGGUGGUCUAUCUGCACAGCCGCACUCCACCCAUUGCCCAUCGUGAUCUGUCUGCCAGGAAUAUUCUAGUCGACAACGGUCUCAAUGCCAAGAUAGCAGACUUAGGUGUUUCUAGGAUUGUGAACAUUCAGCCUGGCCAACUUGCUGCUUCGAUGACUCACGCCCCAGGCAAUAUUCUGUACAUGCCACCAGAGGCAGCUCAAGAGGAAGGGGUCACACGAUACAACACUGCCAUAGACAUAUUCUCCUUUGGUGUGGUAUCUCUGUACACACUGACACAAACCUUCCCCAAAGAUCUCAAGCCUGCUGCAUAUCAUGAUCCAGUUACUCGAAGGAUAGUUGGUAGAUCAGAAAUCGAACGCCGUGAAGAUUACAUCAUUCCUAUGAAAGUAGCUCUUGGUGAGACCCACCCCCUAGUCCAGUUGACCCUUAUCUGUCUUGAGUUUCUUCCUGAAGAUCGACCAUCUGCUGUGGUGAUGCUGAGAGGAUUGAAGGAGGUUGGAACAACACUCCCUCAGAACUGCAACCAGACCAAGCUGGAACUGAUUCAACAGGUGGCUGUGAAGGAUGAAGAGAUACAGCAAGUUGCUGCUGAGAAACGAGAGCAAGUUUGUGGACUGGAAAAACUGACCAUUCUCCAACAAGAGCAGUUGGAAGUUCAACGCGGAGAAAUUGCUGAUCUCUCCAGGUCUCUACAGAUACAGCUUCGGGGGGACACACCUCAGGGCUCAGGACAGAGAGAGAUGACUAGGAAGAAUACAAAAAGUACAAAAGAAAUCAAGAUUACCACACCACAACCAACUGUUCCUACUGCCAUCACCUUCAACUGGACAACAUGCAAAAACAUACCAAGGAGGAUGAGAGUGUACGAUCAGCCUGUGGCUAUCAAUGGGAAGGCGUACAUGAAAAGCUGGAGUAACCAGACUCACACUGUGCUAGUGUACACACCAGAUCAGGAUAGCUGGGAUGAACUGCCACCUCCUCCAGUGAUGUACUUCACCAUAGCAACACUGAGAGGUCGACUGCUAGUGGUCGGAGGUCGGAAUAAGUCUACUGGAGAUACCAUCCUAACAUUCGAUGAGAGCUCUCGACAAUGGGUCCAGUCACUUCCCCGCAUGCCAAAAGCAUUAGCUGUGCCAGUAGUUGUUGAAUAUCAGAACCAUCUGAUCGUUAUCGGUGGAGUUGACUCAAACAACAUUAUAAUAGCUGACGUGAACAUUCUAAACACAAGUAACAAAUGGAUCACAGCCGAACCAUUUCCCCGCACUGAUGAUGGCUACAGAACUUGCCUAAUUGGAGACACACUGCAUCUUGUAGGAAGCCAACGCACUAAAGAAGUGUUUCGAGCUCAUGUACCCUCCCUCAUAUCACGAGCCAGUUCUGGUGUGUGGGAAUCUGUAGCAAAGGUGCCAUUCUAUUGGUCGACUCCUAUCGCCAUCGGCAACACCCUCCUGACCGUGGGGGGUAUGAGAGCACUAGGAGGUGACGCUACCUCAAGCAUCCAUCUGUACGAUCCCACUAAAGACCAGUGGACACAAUGUGGUGACCUUCCCGAGGAUAUGGACAUUUGUCGUUGCAUUGAACUAUAUGGCAAACUGUGUGUACUUGGUGGUGAGAGAGGUUACAGCAUUAUCAGAUCUGUGUACACAUCAAUCCCAUCCAUUACACACUAGUAGUUUAAAUAUACUUUAUCGGAAUUCCAUAAUUAUUGUACAAGAUGUGUCAGUUAAUCGAAUAUUGUUAGAUAAUUGUGAGAUAUUGUAACAAGAC